GGGCUGCAGUCGGGGCUGGCGGGCGGCCGGCCCGGUGCGGGAGCCGGCAGCGGCGCGGAGGCGGAGGAGGAGGCGGCGAAAGAGAAAGGCAGCCUGGAGGGAGGGAGCGCCGAGCCACAGACUAGCGCUGCAGAUCCUCCACCGUCCUCUCGCACCCACCAAGCGGCGGCAGUGGCAGUGUCUAGGAAUAGAGAGCUAGAAAUAUAAAAUCACCCCGCUCCAGCACCAUGGCUUUCCAAAGUAGGCUCCCUUCUUGGAUUAUUUUGUGCUCCGUCUGGCUGUUCCGCUUUGCACACACGGGGGAGGCACAGGCUGCAAAAGAAGUAAUAUUGCUGGACUCUAAAGCACAACAAACAGAGUUGGAAUGGAUUUCCUCUCCUCCCAAUGGGUGGGAAGAAAUUAGUGGACUGGAUGAAAACUACACUCCUAUACGAACAUACCAGGUAUGCCAGGUGAUGGAAUCAAACCAAAACAACUGGCUUCGGACUAACUGGAUUGCAAAAAGCAAUGCACAAAGGAUUUUUGUAGAACUGAAAUUCACUCUAAGGGAUUGUAACAGUCUUCCUGGAGUUCUGGGGACUUGUAAAGAAACUUUUAACUUGUAUUACUAUGAAACAGACUACGACACUGGCAGGAAUAUCCGAGAAAACCAAUAUGUAAAAAUAGACACUAUUGCAGCAGAUGAAAGUUUUACCCAGGGUGAUCUUGGGGAGAGAAAAAUGAAACUUAACACAGAGGUGAGAGAAAUUGGACCUUUGUCCAAAAAAGGAUUCUAUCUUGCGUUUCAGGACGUAGGGGCCUGCAUUGCUUUGGUCUCUGUCAAAGUCUACUACAAGAAGUGCUGGUCCAUCAUUGAGAACUUAGCUAUUUUUCCCGACACAGUGACUGGCUCAGAGUUUUCCUCUCUAGUUGAAGUGCGAGGAACUUGUGUCAGCAGCGCGGAGGAGGAGGCGGAGAACUCGCCGAAGAUGCACUGUAGCGCGGAGGGAGAAUGGUUAGUGCCUAUUGGAAAGUGUAUCUGCAAAGCAGGAUUCCAGCAGAAAGGAGACACGUGUGAACCUUGUGGCCGUGGGUUCUACAAAUCCUCCUCACAAGAUCUGCAGUGCUCCCGCUGCCCUACUCACAGCUUCUCUGACAAGGAGGGAUCUUCCAGAUGCGAGUGUGAAGAUAGCUAUUACAGAGCACCUUCUGAUCCACCAUAUGUCGCAUGCACAAGACCUCCAUCUGCACCACAGAACCUAAUUUUCAAUAUCAACCAGACUACUGUGAGUUUGGAGUGGAGUCCUCCUGCUGACAAUGGGGGAAGAAGCGAUGUGACCUACCGCAUUUUGUGCAAGAGGUGCAGCUGGGAGCAGGGCGAGUGUGUUCCCUGUGGGAGCAACAUUGGAUAUAUGCCCCAGCAAACUGGAUUAGUAGAUAACUAUGUCACUGUCAUGGACCUACUAGCUCAUGCUAACUACACCUUUGAAGUUGAAGCUGUGAACGGGGUUUCUGACUUGAGCCGUUCCCAGAGGCUUUUUGCAGCUGUCAGUAUUACCACCGGCCAAGCAGCUCCCUCGCAAGUUAGUGGUGUAAUGAAAGAAAGAGUGCUGCAGAGGAGCGUGGAGCUUUCCUGGCAGGAACCAGAACAUCCCAAUGGAGUCAUUACUGAAUAUGAAAUCAAGUAUUAUGAGAAAGAUCAAAGGGAGAGGACCUAUUCAACAGUGAAAACCAAGUCCACUUCAGCUUCUAUUAAUAACCUAAAGCCAGGAACAGUGUAUGUUUUCCAGAUUCGUGCUUUUACUGCUGCUGGUUAUGGAAAUUACAGCCCCAGACUAGAUGUUGCCACACUGGAAGAAGCCACAGCCACAGCUGUUUCCAGUGAGCAGAAUCCUGUUAUUAUCAUAGCUGUGGUUGCUGUGGCAGGAACAAUCAUCCUGGUCUUCAUGGUGUUUGGGUUCAUCAUCGGACGAAGGCAUUGUGGCUACAGCAAAGCGGAUCAAGAAGGGGAUGAAGAACUUUACUUUCAUUUUAAAUUUCCAGGCACCAAAACCUACAUUGACCCUGAAACCUACGAGGACCCAAAUAGAGCUGUCCAUCAAUUCGCCAAGGAGCUAGAUGCCUCCUGUAUUAAAAUUGAGCGUGUGAUUGGCGCAGGAGAAUUUGGUGAAGUGUGCAGUGGGCGCCUAAAGCUUCCUGGCAAGAGGGACGUUGCAGUAGCCAUAAAAACUCUGAAAGUUGGCUACACUGAAAAGCAGAGGAGAGAUUUCCUGUGUGAAGCAAGCAUCAUGGGGCAGUUUGACCAUCCCAACGUGGUUCACCUAGAAGGAGUUGUUACCAGAGGGAAACCAGUCAUGAUUGUAAUAGAAUACAUGGAGAAUGGGGCCUUAGAUGCAUUUCUUAGGAAACAUGAUGGGCAAUUUACUGUCAUUCAGCUAGUGGGAAUGUUGAGAGGAAUUGCUGCUGGAAUGAGAUAUUUGGCCGAUAUGGGAUAUGUACACAGGGAUCUUGCAGCACGCAAUAUUCUUGUCAACAGCAACCUUGUUUGUAAAGUAUCAGACUUUGGCCUUUCCAGAGUUAUAGAAGAUGAUCCAGAGGCUGUCUACACUACAACCGGUGGAAAAAUUCCAGUGAGAUGGACAGCUCCAGAAGCCAUUCAGUACCGCAAAUUUACAUCAGCCAGUGACGUGUGGAGUUAUGGAAUAGUUAUGUGGGAAGUAAUGUCUUAUGGAGAGCGGCCUUACUGGGACAUGUCAAAUCAAGAUGUUAUAAAAGCAAUCGAAGAAGGCUAUCGUUUGCCAGCACCCAUGGACUGCCCAGCAGGACUGCACCAGCUGAUGCUGGAUUGUUGGCAGAAGGAACGCGGUGAAAGGCCAAAGUUUGAGCAGAUAGUUGGCAUUCUGGACAAAAUGAUUAGAAAUCCAAACAGCUUGAAAACCCCACUGGGAACCUGUAGCAGACCAAUUAGCCCUCUUCUGGACCAGAACACUCCCGAUUUUACCACUUUCUGCUCCGUAGGCGAAUGGUUACAAGCUAUUAAGAUGGAAAGAUAUAAGGAUAAUUUCACAGCAGCAGGCUACAACUCUCUUGAAUCAGUUGCCAGGAUGACUAUUGAAAUCAAAAACAUGCCAGGUGCUUUGCAAAACAGAGAACAAGAAAAAUCCCUUUCCAGAAGAGAUGACAGCCUGAAUAGAAAUGGCAUAAUGGCAGGAGACAAAAGAAGCAGAAAGGGGAAGCAAAACAAGAGUUAUAACCAUAAGAUCAUGAGAUUGGUUUGGAGGCACAGUGAACGCUAUGAGGCAUUUUUUUAAAGCCGUAAGGACUGUAGUUGGGAUUAGAGAAUGGAAAUGUAGAAAAGAAGCAUGGAAAGGAAUGGAGAAGAAGGGAGGAACAGACUGGCAACAGGAGGAAGAGUAAACAGAGGUGUAUGGGAGAGGCCAGAACACACAUCUGACAAACUGAGGAUUAUGACUAAUGACAAGGAUGAAAGACCACAUCUGAAGAGCAUGAUGAUUUCAGGAGGAUGCGAAGCAGGACAUGGUGAUGCUGCUAGGGAGAGAAGAGCCAGCAAAGCUGCCCUGGAAGCCUGCCCUGGAAGCUCCUCACGCUAACAUAACCCUGCUUCCCCAUCUUCUUUCUAGCUCCCCUCUUAUACAUAAAAUAUGUAUAUAGAAGAGCAAAGGAGAAGGAGAAGCAGCUAAAUAAACUUUUCCAAAGAUCCUGCUGGGGAAGAAGUUUAAGCUGGGAUGAUACAGAUUUACUCCUACUGAUACUGCUCGUAGUAGCAAUAGGCAGAGAGCAUUCUGUUAGUCAUACUCCUGCAGAUGAAUCUAUGUGAGUCUUUGCCUCUGCUUACAAAUAGGCCCUGUUGAGAAAUACUCAGCAAAAAUUAUAAUGCUCCAGCCAAUCUGGGACAUUUUAAAAUGUCCUUUCAUUCUAGAACAGAAAGAAGCAGAAAUUAUACCACUCACAGUGAAAUGGAAACAGGAAAGAAGAAUAUUUUAACAGGUUUUUUUAAUGCUGAAAAUAAUCAUUUCAGUAUUACAGAAAAAAAAAAUAUAAGGGGGAUUUUUCUCAUUGUGAAAAAAUAAAUAUAUUUUAUAACCAUGGAAUUUCUGAUAAAAUUGGGAAUUAUUUUUAUUAUAUGGGACUGGUUUUUCUGGGUUUUUUUGUUUUUUUUUUUUUUUUUUGUUAUUUUAGAAAAUUGGUAUUUUUAGAAGGAAACAGGAAAAUUGGCAUGUUCGGUCUGUGAGACAUUUUAAAAUACCCUGACUUCCAAGGUAAGGAUUCUUCAGGAGUAAGAAAGCUGAAAAGUGGCCAGUCUAAUCUCUUCCUCACUUCCUUCUCCUCUGCUUCUGUGAUCAGACGUGUCUAAUGAUUAGUCUGCAAAGAGCAAAGCCAGUUUCUAUGUCUCCCUGAGAAAAGGCAUUUUGCCAACUACUUUAAGAAUUUUUAACUGGAUCUACUUACAGGAAGUCGGAUUUUUUGCUGCAGACUCUCUCCACUUAAAACCUCCUCAAAGCUCUUCCAUGUUGCCUGGAAAGGUUUAUCAGAAAGCAUGCUGGAAAGGCUCAGAUCUUUCCAUCUCCAGUGAAACUGUUUCUGAACAUAGUUAUAGCUUAGCAGAUGUACUGGUAUGACAGUUGAGAGACUACUGCUGUUAAUGAAGUAUUCUACUACCUUGGCAUAUAUAGACACUUUUCACUUGGUACUUCUGACUGCAAAGUAUUGAUGUUUAGGCUAUUAUAAGUAGUUGUGCAUUAUAUUUUUUUGUGAGUUUUAGAGGACAGAACUGGGUAAAUUUUUCUUCUCCUUCAGGGUAACACAGCUUUUCAUGAGUCAUUCAUCUUGAAAUCUUGAAUGUACACCAGAGUGAUAUCAAGUUGGUUGUUGUGACACCUUAUCAAUAUGGUGCCCAUUUUUAGUUUCUUCUAGCAGUGGAAUGAUUGAAGUAUUGUCUCAUGGAGACAAUGGCCUCAUUUGAGAAUAUCUUGGUGACUCUGGAUAAGAGUCAAAUAAUUUGUCUGAGUGAGGAGGAGGCAACUGAAAGUCAUAGCUGAAAUAUUACCAAAAAUCCUUAACUGGUUGGAUUUGUCCAUCAUUGGCUUGAAGAUUUUGGUAAAUGGUGGCUUACUGGUUUCUCAAAUGCCAGCAAUGGCCAAGCACUUUCUUUUAAUUUUCUUCAAUUUGAACUUUGCUUAAGUUAAUUAAGCUUUUGUCAUCUCAGGGUACCAUUUUAGCAAUGAGAUUUACCAGACCUUCUCUGUCAAUGCAAAAACUUUGGCUACUAAAGAACAUACGAGGUGUAGAGAGUAAACUCAAUGCUCAGCAGUGCUUGAAGAAUGAUUCCCACCUCAGUAAUUUCUCUCCACUGUUAUUGAAAUAAUACUGCAUUUAAAUCCUAUAGCCAUGGUGUCAAUUUACCAAAAUCUUCCCUGCCUAAAUUAUUCUUCACUUAAAUGAAGCUCAAAGUUUUAUAACAAUCCACCUAUCAUUUAAAAAAUGGGAUUGCAAAGUAGUGUCAUAGUAUCACCCCAUAAUACAGAUUUUUUUACAUAUCAUUUUUACAUAUUUGAAAGAACUCCAUUAACUCAGUUGCAUGCAACUUUUUGCAAUAAGAGACUCAACAUAAAGCAAUACCAAAACACAGUUAAUACUUCUACUAAUUUUAUUUAGCCAAGUUCCAGAUUUUGCAUAAUUUUGCCACUGCUUCUGGCAUGAUAGCAGAUAUGAGGUUAUCCGUGCCUACCUUUUGGUGCUGAGAGAGGAUUCAGCUGUGUGGCACCUUACCAUCCUCUGCUACCAAAAAAAUAAUAAAAAAAAUUUCCACUAGGAAAUGUGGCAUACCUCUGGUAGAUGUUGUUUGGCCUACCUUCUGGGUUCAGACACUGAACUGGAUGCAUUAUUUGGGAAGGGAUUUAAUACCAGCUACCUCGUAGCCACAAGGUGUUACAGGAAAAAGAUUGAAAAAAACCCCAAACUAUUAUAAUGUAUCCUGAGACUGAAGGACAGCAUGGUUAUUUUGCCUAUAUAUUAAUUUCUAACCUUGCCUAUACUUUUCCUCACAAUCCUUCCCUGAUAUGGUCUGUCAGCUUUUUCAAGAAGACACUUGGUUGUGCAUAGAGUAAGAAUAGCUGCACCAGCUCAAGGCACAAGCCCCAUGGCCAGCCCUGUGUCCUUGGCUGUGUACCUUGGUAGGGAUACAGUCCUGUCCAAGGACCUCCACUGAUCCUGCACAUUAGGGACACCUUCAGCUGUUGACUUCCAGACAUCUUCAGGGCUCUAUAUCCAACAUGUACACUUCAAAUGCUUCCCAAAUCAGGGUGGUGCACUAUGAUGAGUAGUCUGGGUUUGUCCUAUAUUCUGUGAAUUUACUUCCUUCUUCUGUCAAUCUCUCUGUCUUGCCCUUCUUUCUCCUGAAGUAGAAUGACCAGGGCUGCAUGAAUUAUUCAACAUAAGAGUGUAUGAUGUAUUUAUACAGUGAUAUAGCGAUACAGUGUAUUUAUACAGUGAUAUAUAUAUAUAUAUAUGUUUUCUAUUUUGUUUACAGUUUCUUUCUUAAUCAUCCAAAUAUCCUGUUUCACAUUUUUACUUGAUACUGGGUGCUUGACUUGAUAUUUUCAGAGAUGUCUGAUGUUAAUUCCUUAUUUUUUUUCUUCUCAAGCAAUAGGUAAUUUGUAGUCCCUGCCUGUGUGUGUACAGUUAGACUUAUUUACCUCUUGUUCAGCUCUUUCUGUUUUAUCAGAUUUCAUCACUCCUUCAUGGCUAAGGGCAUUGAAAAUUGUGAAAUCAUUUUGCAGUUCUUUCCAAGCACUUCCUUACUGAUUUAACUUAUAAAAAACAUUUUGUAUCAAACUUUCUCAUCUGACAGU